AUGUCUGGAGACUUCGUCCCAUUGACAGGACGGCUUGUUUCAAGAGACAACCUUACAUCCUUCAUGGAGGAUCAUGCGGGUAAAACACCUCAGAAGUGGGCAGUUGAAGGCCGAUACUACUAUUCACCUUCCUUUGCUGCUGCUGCCGUAUUUUUGGCCGUUUAUAUCUUGGCAACAAUUAUCAAUCUCGGCCAAUUUUUCUUUUACAGAUCAUGGUUUUGGUGGCCUAUGGUAUUGGGAGUUGCCAUGGAGUUAGUGGGCUACGCUGCUCGCGCAGUCUCCACCAAGAACCUGGACGAUCGAGUCGGCUUUAUUAUACAGAUGGUAUUCAUCCUGGUGGCACCCGCUGUUAUGGCCGCCUCCUGUUACAUGGCCUUCGGUCGGCUGGUCCUUUGGAUCAUUCCCCCUCGGUUCCAAUCAUUUAGGCACUUAUGGCUGCCAGCAAGAAGAAUAACGCCUCUGUUCGUUGGGUUUGACGUCUUGAGUUUCUUUAUUCAAGUCGUCGGGGGUGUCAUAGUGUCUAAUGCAGACACCUUGAGCAGACUCAACCUUGGCAAGAACAUUGUCCUAGUCGGCCUCGGCGUCCAGCUUGCCACAUUUGGCUUUUUCGUUAUCGCCACUACACGUCUGACUAUUCUGCUACGAACACAAUUAAAAAAUGAAUCUCUCCCGAAGAACAGGAACUGGACCGUGCUCCUAAUUUAUAUCAACACUGCUAGUGGCCUUAUCCUCCUUCGGUCAGUCUACCGUUUUAUCGAAUAUGCUAUGGGUUUACCAAACUAUCUUGCUAGUCAUGAAGUGUUCUUUUACUGCUUGGACGCGUUCAUCAUCUUGACUGUGGUUACGGGGUUUAUUUGUAUCCACCCAGGUCAGUAUAUCCCGUAUAUUAAGCUCCGACGAAGGGCGCCGGAAUUUUCCUCAAACGUGGACAAGGGGUUAUUUAAGAGAGUUGCAAGGGGAGGCCCUCAGGGAGUUGUCGAAAUAGCGGAACAUAGUAUAAGGCUCCUUUGGGCAACCCUCAAGGGCUUACGGACCUAUUUCCUGACACCUGUUGUCCGGUGCUAG